AUGACCGAAGCUCCACGACCUCUGCGACCUUUGCAGGUUUCUAGCGAACCCCGUGAUUUGCAGAGCUUGCAGCUCAAGUCGGGACUAGCAGCCGAAGUCAUAUCUGCACCAGACCCCUUGAAAAAGCGUGCAAUCUGCUCCCAGUGCAGAAUACGAAAAGUACGUUGCGAUGGAAGGCCCAAUUUUUGCCAGAACUGUGAUCGGCUUGGCUUCGAGUGUUCCUUUCAGCAGCUACCUGGAAAGUCACCUGGCCAAUAUAUGGUGAAACUCCCUGAACGGCGCCGUGGAACGCAAGCAUGUAUACCUUGCCAUUCCAAGAAGACCCGCUGCCUCGGCGAGUUACCGAGUUGCUCUAGUUGCGUCCGGAGGAAUCGAGUCUGCAGUUAUCCGCGGGCCAAGAGGUAUGCUUCCUCUUCUUCACAUGCACGUGAUUCGGUCGAAUCCAUCCAGUCACCCGCCGGAGAGGCUUCUCCUGCUCCAGAUAUUGGCAUCGUGGGGUCUACUGAAGUGCCCGAGCUCGACUCAGCGACCACAAUGGAUCUGAUGGAAGAUUAUUUCCGACAUCUUUAUCCCCUACCCUCCUUCGCUUUCCUGCACAAACCAACCGUGCUACAACGGUGUAAGGACAACACCAUAAAUCGGACAUUGAAGCUCUCUAUCUGUGCCAUCACCGCCCUACAGCUCCAGCGCACCUCACUAUGUCACGACAUCUGGAUUCAACAGGCUGAGCAGUCCAUAUUGCAGCAAAUAGGACGCGCUUCUAUCUUCCACCUACAAGCUCUGCUCCUCGUCAUACGCUAUAGGAUUGAAAGCGGCGAGUUCCCAACCGCUUUCAUGCUGGCUGCCCUCGCCGCUCGUACCGCCUUGGCUCUCCGUCUUAACUACGAGCGCCCCGAGCUGAGUGAUGUCGCCCAGGAAGCACGACGACGAUUAUUCUGGGCAUUAUACCUGCUGGACGACUUCUUCUGCGUGGGACUCAGGGAAUUUGAGCUAUGCCCAGAAGAAACCAUCCAUCUCCGGCUACCUUGCGACGAGAUCUACUUUGAAACCGGUCAACAUGUACACACAGGCCUGCUCCGACCUGAAGCUUCUAAAACUGUUGAUCCCAUCGGUAUACGCGGCGCAUUCCUUCGUCUGGCAUCUGUCCGACGGGCAGUUAUGAGGUUUAAUCGACGAGUCGGUCUGGGUGAUGAGUUGUCUUCUACUAUCGGCGAGAGUAUUCGGCGAUUUGAGGAGGAGUUAAGGUCACUUAGAGCAUCUCUUGGUUCAUCCGAUCAGUACUCGGUGUCCAAUCUGACAUCCUGUAGGUGGCAGGCCCAAUUUUUAAUGCUACACAUGUCGUGGCACCAGUGUCACUGUGACCUGUAUCGUUUGGGGCUCGACGGCUACAGUGAAGCGGCCCCUUCACCAGUACUGAUCGCAAUCCAUCCACGGGAUCGGGUUGCCAUGCAGUUUAAAUGCCUUGAACAUGCCGAGAGCAUCAUCAGAACUGUGUCUGAUUUCUCUGACCAUGGAGAUAGUGAAUGCCUUUUGGAGCGCGACGCUGCAGUAUGUGCAUUUGAGAGUGCACGUCUGGUCAUGUUCGGCUCUCGUAUACCUGGAGCACUUUCUGAUCUGGAUCUGGCUAUAAAUAAGGCAAAACUGUCGCUCAACUUGAUUACGAAAUAUUUCCCCCUCUCUGCCUCAACCCAGCCGCUGCGAAAGGAUCUAGAACGCUUGAUAGCGAGCUACUCGGUUCGUCUGGCUUUGCAGACCCAGGAAACCUUUUCAGAGCCGGAUCCGCCGUCGCGCUCUACCUCUAAGCUUUCACAGUACGCAAACUCACGCCAGAGGUUGUCUGUUCAAAGCUUACUGCUCCAGUCGGAUUUCGUUGACGACAGCAAUGAGCUCGCUAGUCUAACGCAAGGGUCUGAGUCUCAAACCACCACCAACCAUAUUCACACAGACGGCCAAAUCGCCCAGGUAUCUGAGCCGGCUAGUGAAUUGACUACUAUGACCACCGACACCCCCAAGAGCCUAUCAUGGGGUGCAGUGGGACGGACCCAUAGUGGGAAUAGCAGCCAGGCGCCACCGCCUAGUUUACCUCUAGAUGCGAGGCAAGAGGACGCCGGGCUUAUUUUCAAUCCCUGGAUGGGAUUCAUCGGUACCGAAGACAUGUCUGGACGGCCACCACACCUGGACGAAGAGUUUUGAAAUGGUGUAAUUAGUGAUAUGUUUACUGUAUACCUGGAUACCUUACACACAUCUAAGUCCU